UACCGGGUUAACUGGUUACAAUUAGAAAUAUGUAUGCGCGACCCGAUGAAACAGUCCACGCGAAGGUAUUACGUUACGCCUACGUAAUAAACGGCGUUAACGCGAGAAUGUUAAGAGUUAAUGGGCCAACUUCCCGGACACGACGAGUUUCAACGGCUGUAGCGAAUCCUCUGGCAAUGACAUUGCUGUCUGCCAUGUCGACGACGCUGAACAAUUUCUCUUUUUCAUCUACAAGUAUCGGCUAUUUACUACACGUGCAUAACAGACGAAGUUUCGAAGAGAAAUGCUGCACUGCGUCACAAAUCAAAGCAUUCGCUCACACAACGACGUGCCUGAUUGGUCGAAAUGAGAGGACGCCAACAUGGCGCGACCAACCACAGCCAUUGGUAGAAGUUUCGAAACUGUAAUACUAAUCGUAAUGGAAACGUUCAUACAAUAAAUAUCAACGAAAAAAUCGAAUAAUGUA